CAAAUACACGAUUAUAAUGCACACAAGGAUCAAACUUAGGUGUCUUGUGGUGACGGCGAUUAUUUCAAUCCUAAUACUGUGCCGAGGUUUAAUCUACGAUUAUACUGUAUGGACUGGCGAUUCUACUGUCGGACAGAAAGAUAAGGUUUCUCAACAACAAUAUGAUAGCAAUCAUCUUCGACAUUUCAUCAAACAAGAUGGUAAUAUAAGCUUUAGUGAUUAUAACAAAGGCCUUUUCAAGGAUAGCAUUAAACAUGAUGUGAAUGCAAACACAUUGCAUCAUGGCACUUUUAACAAAUAUAAACAAUACAACGCAGAGAGAAACAUGUUUGCGGAAACUGUUACACAAAAUAACAAUACUAGUAAUGUUAGAAGUAUUGAUAAACAAUAUAAAAAUACUGCUUUUGUAAAAGAAAAGAACCAUAUUGACAUCGGUAAACAAAACAAGGAUUUUAAUAUUGUGAAAUAUAUUGUAAAUCAAAAUAGGAACACUAGCGUGGUCGAACAAUACAGCAAUAGCAAAAUUGUAAAUCAAAAUAGGAACACUGGCGUUGGCGAACAAAACAGCAAAAACAACAUUGGAAAUAAAAACAGGAACAAUGGCGUUGGUGAACAAAACAGCAAGAGCAACAUUGUAAAUCAAAACAGGAACAAUGGCGUUGGUGAACAAAACAGCAAGAGCAACAUUGUAAAUCAAAACAGGAACAAUGGCGUUGGUGAACAAAACAGCAAGAGCAACAUUGUAAAUCAAAACAGGAACACUGGCGUUGGUGAACAAAACAGCAAGAGCAACAUUGUAAAUCAAAAUAGGAACACUGGCGUUGGUGAACAAUACAGCAAGAGCAACAUUGGAAAUCAAAACAGGAACACUGGCGUUGGCGAACAAUACAGCAAUAGCAACAUUGUAAAUCAAAAUAGGAACACUGGGGUUGGCGAACAAUACAGCAAUAACAACAUUGUAAAUCAAAACAGGAACAAUGGCGUUGGCGAACAAAACAGCAAGAGCAACAUUGUAAAUCAAAACAGGAACACUGGCGUUGGCGAACAAUACAUCGAUAGAAACAUUGUAAAACAAAGCAAGAAUACUAGCAUCGGCACAAAAUACAGCGAUACGAACAAUAUUAAACAAAACAUGACGCCUGGUUUUAGUGAACAAUAUAGACGUAUGGGCAUUGAUCAAGAAAGCAAACAUGGCAAUGUCAAGCAAAAUGAUGAUAGAGGCAUAGUCAAACUUAACAGUAACUUAGGUAUUCCCAAGUCAUAUCGGAAUAGUAAUGUUGACAAACAAUACAGUAAUGGUUUAAUUGAAAAACCAAUAAGUUUCAAAUUAAUAGAGAAAAUAGACAAGGAUUAUACAAUACAAAAAGUUAGAGCAACUAGUGCAACAAAACUCUUCCUAAAGUCUGGCAACGAAAAGGAUAAAGGAAACAGAGUUAUAAAGAAACAUGGUACACAACUAGCAAAAGAAGUAAAUCGCGCAUGUGUAUUAGAGAAAGGAAUAACAAAUGAACCAAUCUUACUGCAUUUUAUUCACGAUGAAAAAAGAUUAUAUUGUCCAGUUGAAAAAAUUGGAACAACAUUUUGGAGGAGAAUAAUUUACACAUUUUCAAACAAAAAUCCAAUGUACAAAUUUCCAUUUGAUGUUCCUGAAGAAUUCGUACAUGUAGAAGUCAAGAGAGAUUUUUCAACAAAAGCCUCUUCUGUACUCCCAAACACUACCUUUUCAUUUCUUUUUGUUAGAAAUCCCUUUUCCCGCAUGUUGUCUGCAUUUAUUGAUAAAAUUGUUGCCCCAAAUCCAUAUUACUGGCGAGAAUUUGGAAACACUGCUAUAAAACGAUAUCGUCAGAGAGCGAGUGGCAGCUACUUAGAUGGACAUAGUAUAACAUUCUCAGAGUUCGUUAAACUUGUUAUUGACAUGGAAUCAACAAAUAUGUACAGUGAUCCACACGCGAAGAGCAUAGAUAGUAGCUGUAACCCAUGUCUCCUUAACUACUCUUUCAUCGGCAGGAUGGAAACAUUUAAAGACGAUGCCUUAUACAUUUUGAAAACACUCAAUGCCAAACAAGAUAUUGUUAAGUCCAUUGAAAAACAGUGGGAAGAAUUAUCAAUAGAAGCCGCAAUAAAAUUUAACAUUGAAUAUUGCUUUGAAACCAAGAAAGAAAUCAUGAACUAUAUAACUUGGGAAAAGGCUUUACAAAGACUUUGGCUUCAUCUGCAAAUGCGAGGUUUAAUAUCUAAAAAUAAAAUACUUCACCAUCCAGUGAAACAUAUAAAUACACUGACUGCGAGGGAGUUUGUUGACUUAGCUGUUGAAGCAAAUAAAGCGUCCAGUAAAGAAGAAACGAAGCUUCAAAAGCUGGCAGUUCAGCGUGAAGCAUUUGCUAGUGUAGACAUAUCUAUUUUAGAAAAGUUUGUAAGUGUUUUUAGAAAAGACUUUCAGUUGUUUGGAUAUGAUCCGCACCCUUCAAUUAUAUUUCAACGUGAAAAUUUAAAAAUAACACCAAAGUUUUUCAACUAUACCCAUCUCAAUUGAAUAAAACAAACGGAUUCAGCUGCAACUUAUACAGGUGAACGUUUCAUAUUUCUGGAGAAAAAUAAAAAUUUGGAGAAGUUUCGGGUAGAAAACCUCUUUGAUAAUUACUCUGUAAGCAAUCGUGUCUGGUAUUAUUAAAGUUCUU